AGUAGGAUUAUAUACUAUAUGGACAGCAUAUCUGUUGAUAAAUGACUCCUUGAACAACCUUAAUUCAGAGAAACAGAGAUUAGUUUAGAUCAAAUUGUGGAGUUUGCUGUCACAGUGAAGUAAAUAUCUUUGCAACACUCCCCAGGUGACAGAGAAGUCUGAAGGAAAAACACCUCUGUCAAUGCGUGUGCGCCAUGGGCGUCGCACCAAGCCCCCACAAUGCAGCUCUAAAAUUGGUCCCAACCCGGAAGUACCAAAAAAUGCAGUUCCACCCUCAUCCGCUGGGGGCUGGUAUCAGAAGUGCGCAAAUCCUCAUUGACUCCCAUGUUAAAAAUGCCAAGUUCACAGCAGAAAUAAACAUGUUUACAGCCUGGUACCAAAACAUGUUUUUUGUUUAAAUGAUCUAGUUUACACUCAUGACAACUCUGAGGGGGAGAAUUUUUUUCUCACUCUUCUGAUUAAGUGCAUUAUCAGCCUAAAAUUCUGUAUAAUUAAUGAGCAUCAGACCCACGUGACCACAGAGCUAGUUCUGUGGAAAGGCCUCAGUAGAGCCUCGGUCUGGCUUGGAAACUGUUCCGGGAUUUAGAGUCUCUGUGUUUGUGUAUUCUUUUUUUGGAUAUUUUUGUGCAAUUGUUGGACAAAAUGACUUGCUGUGGCAUUAAUUGCACUAAUAGAGCGUCCAAGGAGUCUCCACUUAAUUUUUUUCGGUAAGUAAAAUUAUAUUUAUGUAUUUGAGGUCACUGCUGAGCUUAGAUUUUAACUGUUUAACCAUGAAAUUUAAAUGUAAUAGGGUAAAACCCAGUGCAUUUAACAUAAUGCUGCACUUUUGAAAAUGGCUUGAAAUAUAACAUGUUGGUGGAGCUGGGUUCCGACUAUCGGCUUGUGGAGCUCUCGGCAGACCGACGUUUUCCACCCUGAUUGCCGGCUGUUUCUCCCCGCAGCCCGGUCCAUCUCUGUCUGAUCGUGACUUCUGUUGGCUGCGGCGGGCUGACAGCUGGUUCUCCCAGCAGCUCGGCGCAUCUGUCUGAUCGCGGCUUCUGUGUGCUGCGGCGGGCUGACGGCUUGUGGAGCUCUGGGAUGGAAACCUUUCCACCCGGUUUUCCCCAGUGGCAGCUCUGCGCAGCAGCGCUUGUCUGCUGUGCAGCUGCCGGCUUGUGGAGGUCUCCGAGACCUCUGUGUUCCACCCGGUUUUACCCAGCGGUCAGCCCGGCGUAUCUCUGACUCAGAAGCUCUGGUGUUGUGCACAGUUAACUCCGGUUGUAGCUAGGUUGCUACCUCCGUUAGCUUAGCUCCCACCUCCGCACUAGCUUUGGGUUAGCUUCAGAUUAGCUUGUAGCUAGUUCGACCGGGUGUCGUCAGUUGAUCCCAGCCUUACAACCCCACCCUCAGCUCCACCUCUCUUCCCUUUUAUGGAAUUGUCUGGGCUUGACGGAACCUGUGACAUGGUCAAAAUGGCGGUGGUGGCCACCUCCCAUUUUAGCACAAAAACUUGUUAUUGGAGUCUAUGGAAACCCAUUGUCCAUGUAUUAAUGUCGAUGCGUCGCACUCGUGGGGGAUGUGGGGGUUUCAACACCCACAGUUUUCCACACGUUUUGCUCACCUCCACACCAUUCUGGUUUCUUUAUCGCGCUCUGUUGGCCUCAUCUCCUUCUUCCCCUCCCUCUUCUGACAGCUGAUGUCGGGUUUCAAGGAGAGCAGGAGAAGGAGGGAAGGAAGAGCUCGACUGAAUUCAUAAUUUUACAUGCUGACAUUAGCUGUACAAUGUCUGAGUUUGAUAAAGUGAAGAACAACAAUUUGCAGAGGUUUGUAACAGGCGCGGCGCCAGGUUUUAAUUUUUGGGUGGGCCACGGUAAUUCUGGACAAGCCUUAAUAAGCAGUGACUUAAGUGAAGCAGGCAGGUCACGCUAGAAAAUUUCGUUUAAAAAGACGUCAUAAAUGUUUUCCCUCGUCAUUUUUUAUUUCUAAAAUAUAAAGUAAAAACUCACAAUAUAAUUUUCAUUCAUUUGUCUAUAAUAUUUAGUCUACACCAGUACGUUAAGUGGACCAGCACCAGAAUGCAUUAACUGCACUUCUAAUAUUUACCUAUUAACGUAGGACUCUUUCAUAAGGGUACAUGCACACCAGUAGUUUUUACGGUUAUUCAUGGGGCAAAAUCUCCAAGGAUUAAAGCAAAGUAUCCAGCCCACCUCUCCAAAUGCGUAAAAUGUGCAUCACAGCUGCUAGGCGCGCCGCACGCACUGUCAGCUACGUCAGCCCAGACAAGAGUAGAGAAAAUAGAGAAAGAAUAGAGGAUAAUUCUGUCCGGAUGUGGAUGGAGAUUACAUUUUACAGCAGCCUGAUCAUCAUUUAAAUACGUAAACCAUCACCUGGCUUCUAGUCCACGCUAUCAGCAUUAUUUUAAUUUGUGUGUGUGUGUGUGUGUGUGUUUUCCACUUCAAACACUGGUCUAACCAACCAGACCAGUGUGUCCAGUAACAUAUUAAUGUUACAAUUAAACAAUUUCACUUCAUGUAGGCUAGGAACUUUUCACCUGCCGUGGCCCGACCGCUUCUGCUCCACAUAAACUUUGUGCGUGAUCAAAUGUCUCUAGAGGUGCUUUCUGAGCUGAAGAGGCUAUUCUGCCUCAGACUGGAUGCGUCAUGCAUCUCCAUAAUAGAGACGAGAACAAGCGCUGUUCAGCCAAAGUUUCAGAAUCGGCGAAGAUUUUUCCAAGUGACACAUCCCUCAGAAAGACCAGGUUUCCAGACUGCUUCAGUGGGAGGAAAUCUUACCGCAUCGCCGUGGUUCUGCUCUGCGCUGCGAACACCUCUACAGAUCUUCAGCUCACGGUGCGCUGCGAGCUGCAUUGAGCACAUGUCCAGUAUAAAGCUCUGAUGUUCCGAUGGGAAUCAUUUCUUGAUUGAUUUAGUCACCUCCACGAUGUGCGUAACGAUUAAAAUGUCAGCUCCUCUGUGUGCGUCGGGGUAAUUCUUUCAAAACAGCCAACAUCCUUGAGUUUAUCUGUCAAAAUAAACAGUCAAAUGGAAAUAUCUGUAACCUGCCAUUUAACUGUUUUGCCUUCUUGUGAAGAUUGUUGCAAAGAGAAACAAUUACACUUGAUUAACCCCAGAGCCAUGCGCACUGUGCUGUACUCCGUCACUGUAAAUGAGGGGGAAACAAUUUAAUUAGAUCAUUUUAUUACCCUUUUAACAUGGUUUAAUGUAAAGUUUAAUUCAGUACAAACUUUAGUUACACCAGUCUAACGAGACAGAGCCUGGAUUUGUAUUCUGAACAGUUUAAAGGGACUUUACGGAGUUUUGAAUUUUUAUGCUCGCGAUUGCCCCCUCAGGCCAAAAGUGUAACGGCAGCUUCAAUAGUAGGCUCGUGCACGAGGCGCGCAUGCUGUACGUGCACACUCCUUAACGAAAAUAACAGCUGAGACCGUCAGCUCCGUGUGUGUGUGUGUGUGGCCCGGAGGACAGAGGACAGGAGAACGCACAGUUAAUUAAUUAAAUAAUUUGGUUCUGUACCUUUCUCUUCAGCACCGCCGACAAAGGUUUAAGAUGGGUCAGUCCUCCUGCAUGCUCUUGAAAAAGUAUUCCAAAAUGAAAGUUGAGCCCACAUCUUUUUUAUAUGUGAAUUCAAUGCCAUUUGGCGAGUCUCAAAUAAAAAUUUGGGCAUCUUACUGUGAAAAAAAUAUACCAUUAAUGUAAAAAAGAAACUCUAAAUUAACUAUUUUCACAUCCAAAAUCAAACCCGGGUCUUCUGCACAAAAGUCCACUGUUUUACUAGGCGAGCUAACACAUAAGUGAUGUCACUAGUAUCUGUACCAUUUAAGAACGGUUCGGAGGGCUGUGCCUGAACACGAACGCCCAUGAAGCAGCCUGCUCGACCCGAGCAGCUCUUUUUUUCUGUGAUUUUACAGAAAAACAGGCAAUCACAGUAAAAAUGCCAGGGCUCAUUUUACAGGACCAGGGCAUUGCAGGAGAAUGUGUUAAGAAGAAUUUUAUUAUUUCUAUACAUAUUUUGGCUGUCAAACUUCCAUAAUGUCCCUUUAAACAUGUUUAAAACGGAGACAUGCGUGACGUGUCUAAAAUUUGCACCUGCUCAACUAUUAUGGAAAUUAAACUAAGAAGAUGAAUAGCAUGAAAUCAAUUUAGGCACAGACAACAUCCUCCACACUUUUGAAAAGCUUGCAACGCGCCAGAUGUGCGCCUCUCCCUUGUGGAGAAGUAUAAAUCAGCUUUAGUGGUAGAGUCGCAUUGAUAUUAGCCAAUCAGAGGAGAGAUGUCCAAGUAUCGAGGCUGUUUCUUAAUAGGAAGCCUAAGUCACUUCCGCAUCAUGGGUCGCCGGAAGAACAAAAAAAAAUUAUUGCAGGUCAAAGGGACUAAAAACUCUAUUUUCUAAUCCGCUUUGCCUUACGCCCUGGAUCGCACAUUUGUUGUACUGCAAUUUAAAUGAAAAGUAAUGAUGGGUGUUUCGACCAUGCCAUGUACUUUGAGAUUUAUUUGCUUGUAAAAGUUCGUAAUUGGCAUGACUAUAAACUAUAAAUUGGCACGUAGCAUACAUGACGUCCCCACAUAAUCUCUCCUAGCGUAGCUGCUAAUUACCAAAUGAUCAGAUAUAUGGUGGUUCUCUCCUCCUGUGGGAAGUCUGCUGAACUUACAACCCUUUUCCCUCAGUUUUCUCCGUGUCUGGUUCGAUAACGUCACUUUUGUGAAGCACAUUUGUAGUCCUGGACUUAUUUUUACACAAAACCUAAAAUAGCGUUUGCCCCGUUCGAAAAUAAGCACGUUCUUGGUAUCAAAAUGUGUCUUUAAAAUUCACAGACAUCAUAUGUGAAACCAAUGGCACAAAACAAGCGGAGUUAGAAAAUAGCAUUUUUAGCCCCAUUGACUUGCAUUCGUUUUUUCGUUCUUCCGGGCACUCGUGGUACGGAAGUAACUUAGGCUCGCUAUGUCAAGGUGCCUGGCCUCACAAGGUGAUGUCUUGCGAGGCCAGGCGCCUUGCUUACGAGGACACUGUCCUCCCUUGGUCAAAGAAAACGGUUAAAUGGAACAGACUUUCAUCACGUUACCGCGGCUUCUGUGGCGGCCUCAUAAUGUUACUUGAGAUAACAAUAUAUUUUAUAUGUACAAGUUUCAAUAUAAAUAUAUAAUGAGCCUUUUAACGUUGUGUAUAUAUUUGUUAAAUGAAAAAUGUAAGCGAGUUACUACCUGCUAGUCACCAAAGCUGCAACUACUAAGCAAAUAACCAACCACAGAUAACUGCUUUGGAUAUAAAAAAACAUUUCAGAUAUCAGCCCGAUAGCUACAUUUAGUUGAUUUACUUUAAACUUGAAAUUUUCCCCCAAAGUAGCUACCAGCUUCUGAGCUAGCUAGCUAGUCAGCCCAGUGUGCUAGUUCAGCUAGCUAAACGGCUAACGAACAGACGCCUCGGUAGAACACGAACAUUGGAACACCCCUUGGCGGUUCCUGAUGACGUAUCUCCUGGGCAACCGGGGCGGGACCAAGACAUUAAAGUAAGGUUCCUUGGUAUUGAGAAACAUCCCAGGAAAUAAGACUCCAAAUCCUGCCAUCUGAAGCUCAACUCUGAUGUGGUUCACUUCUACUUCCUGAAACUGAUGCACCGGAGCUUUGUUUCCCCAGAGUACAACUUACAAGGCAUUCAUUCCUACUAGAGACCACUGCAAAUAUAUUGAUUAAAUGAGUGUUCAAUAGUGAUGUGACAUUCACGAACGAAUCAAAUCUUUUGAAUGGAUUUUCAAAGUGAAUGAUAAGAGCCGAGUCUCUGUAGAGCGCUGUUCAUCUUGUCUUCUGGUAACAAACUUCCCCAGAAGUCGGUAAAGCGCACUCGCUCAAACCCCACCCACCGCUGUGACGGACGUAGGAAGAACCCUAACCAAUGCGCUCUCACGGACAGGAACACGUUGCUCUUACCCACCCCGCGCGCUCUCUUGGCUUCACUUUGUUCAAAGGAGCCAGUCUUUUGAACAGCUCUUUCAGAUCUGACUCACAGUGAUGGAGAACUUCCUGCUUGGGGCUUUGCUCUUCACAGUGACCCGAACAGAACCCGUGGAGACAGUCAGGACAAAACCCAACUUCAUCAUCAUACUAGCUGAUGACAUGGGAUGGGGUGACCUGGAUGUUAACCAACCUGAGAAGAAGACAAACAACACACCAAACCUUAACCUGAUGGCCCAGCAAGGGCUAAGACUGACGGACUUCCAUUCCCCUGCCUCGACGUGCUCUCCGUCCCGUGCCGCCAUCCUGACGGGCCGGUAUGGCCUAAGAACCGGGGUGACUCAUAACUUUGGAGUGAAUUCUGUAGCUGGUCUGCCUCUUUCUGAGAUCACUUUGCCUCAGCUGCUGCAGCAGGCAGGUUAUUACACCGCCAUUAUUGGGAAGUGGCAUCUCGGACACAAUGGACCAUACGGUCCCACCAACAGGGGGUUCGACCACUACCUAGGAGUCCCCUACAGUAAUGACAUGGGCUGCACUGACACACCAGGAUAUAACCUGCCCCCGUGUCCCCCUUGUGUCUCAUCCAGACCUGAAGUGAUCAGACUGAGGAGGAGUGUGCACAGAGGUUGUUAUUCCAAGGUGGGCCUUCCUCUGAUUGAGAACAGCACCAUCACAGAGCAGCCGCUGGACCUGUGGAGGCUCACAGAACAGUAUAAAUCUGCAGCACUCAGGGUUAUACGCAGUGCAAGGGCGAGAGGACAGCCAUAUCUGCUCUACAUUGCAUCAGCUCACAUGCACGUCCCUCUGGCCCCUCCCCUUUUAGCAGCCACUGCUGCUCCCCGCCGUAGUGAUGGAGUCUAUGCUGCCAGUCUGCAGGAGCUGGAUGAUCUGGUUGGGGCAAUAAAAACUGCAGCUGAUGAAACCGAUAGAGACAACACUCUCAUCUGGUUUACUGGAGACAACGGUCCCUGGGAUCAGAAGUGUCAGUAUGCAGGAAGUGUUGGACCUUUCACAGGAAAAUGGCAAACCAAUAAAGGUGGGGGUUCAGCUAAGCAGACCACCUGGGAGGGAGGUCACAGGGUACCCACAGUGGUCUACUGGCCUGGGAGAAUCCCUGCAAACAGCACCAGCGCAGCCCUGCUCAGUGGAAUGGACAUCUUCCCUACUGUUCUGAGCCUGGCAGGAAUAACCCCGCCCUCAGACAGACGCUACGAUGGCAUCGACGCUACACGUAUUCUCCUGCAGAGAGAACACACCGGUCACGAGUUUCUCUUCCACCCUAACAGCGGGGCUGCAGGGAAGUUUGGAGACCUGCAAACAGUUCGAGCAGAAAAAUACAAAGCUUUCUUUGUCACAGGUGCAGCAGAAGCCUGCGGUGGUGGAACGGGACAGCAGCAGCUCCACGACCCGCCGCUGAUAUUUGAUCUGGAGCAAGACGAGUCAGAGGAAACGCCGCUGCGGUUUGAUACACCUGAGUACCAGACGGUUGCUCAAAGGGUGUCUCAAAAGAGAGAGGAACUGCUGUGGGACAUUGCCACUGACCCGUCGCUGUCCACUGCUGACUACAGCACGGAUGGCUCAGCAGCACCGUGCUGUGACACAACACAGGUGGUCUGCCGAUGCCACAAAAAGACAUGAACUCAUAGAAACAAGAGUCUCCAUGUCUUUACAGGAAGACGUUAAGGUAGGUAGACAGGCCCGGAGGCAAACCUUUCUUUUGGACACUGAGCUGUUAUUAUGACUGGUGUUUGUGAGGUUCAAUGUCCAGAUGCAGCAGAAGUUCAAAAGGAAAAGCAGCUGAACCUUGGUUUGUUUGUUUUUGAGCAGCUGCUGAUGUAAGCCUCUGAGAUCAAUAACUCUUAACAAAAUAACUAAAGUGGAUUAACCCUCUCAGGCUCAAAAUAAGUUUUGAUAAAAGGACGAACAACUAAGUCCUUCAGGGGUACUUCUGAGUUACAAAAUGCUCAUGAAAUACGUAUGUGAAGUAACCAGGUAGGUAGGUUUUAACGUUGCUAAUCUGCAACGCCUGCCUCCAGAGGGUUAAAAGUUGGGUUCAACCAAAACUCAGUAAGACCGGCCUAUUCCGAGACUAGUCACGAUUUAUUUGGGGGUCCAUAAAUGCACCAUUCCACAAGAAACAUGAUUUGCUUCCAAUUCUGUGAACUAAGUGGUUAACCCUAACCCUUAAACAGAAGUGAACCAGAAUAUAAAGAAGAAAGAUGUGAUAAUUUUAGUUCUUUGAGAAAGAUCUGAAUCAGCAGGUCAGAGCUGGGCAAAACCAGAAAUUGGUAUCAGCCUUCCAAACCAGAAUCAGUGCAUCUAAAAAAUCCUAUAGACAAGGCCUCUGGAAAAAAGGACAUGUUUUAGUUUGAAGAACGUAAAAGGACACCACGUCUAAAAAUGAAGAACUUUGUUUUGCUGGUUUUGAUCAUUAGAGGCUUCCCUGAUGGAAUACCCCACCAUCUUUCCUCCAUCCAUCCAUCCAUUUUCAUCCGCUUAUCCAGAGUCGGGUCGCGGGGGCAGUAGCCUAAGGCGAGGGGCCCAGACUUCCCUCUCCCCAGCCACUUGGGCCAGCUCCUCCAGGGGAAUCCCAGGCGUUCCCUGGCCAGGUGAGAGACAUAGUCCCUCAACCAUGUCCUGGGUCUACAUUUAGGUCUCCUCCAGGUUGGACAUGCCUGGAAAACCUCACCAGGGAGGCAUACAGGAGGCAUCCUGACCAGAUGCCCGAGCCACCUCAACUGGCUGGAGAAAAACAUUGGGUUUAAAACUAGUGUCUCAGCGAUCUGGUGUUCAGCCAUGUUGUUUUUCAUCAAGUAAGAUACACAUAAACAUCCUCUAUGCUGAUGCUAAUGAUCAACGUGAGACAGUUGUUGGUUCAGUCACUGUCAGGUUUAAUAGGUUUGUGUUAACAUGUCAGAGCUGAACCACUCCGUCCAGUUUUAGAGUCCUAACAGCGCCAUCUUUUGGCAAAUCACAUGUAAAUGCCAGGUUAUGUAUUACACAGGACCUAUAUAGAAUUUCAUAUAUAUACAUUAUACAUACAGUACAAAUCCUCAUUGUGUAAGUUUAUGUGCUGAUGUACUUAAAAUAUUAUCAAAAUAACGUUGAAUACCAUUGAUGUAAAAAUAACUAUCAGUUACAUGUUGACGUGUUCAGCCUCUUGUUGGAAAUAAAAAUUCAAGGACCAUGA